GUGAGCUGCUCCACUCCUGUGCGGAUGCGCCCAAAAUAACAGAAAAAAAAGAAUCCAGUGACCACAUCAACUCCCGUCUCCAUUACUAAUGUCACAAAAGCAUCCAUAUUUAGUUCCGUCUAAUCGCCAUUACUCUACUCAUUUCUGCUCUCAAAUCCACACAGCUCAUUUCGGUUCUCUAAUCCUUUUGCGGAGAAGAGAAAAAGGAGUAGGAUUUUUUUGAGGAAACAAUAAAACCACGGGAAUUCCCCUCGGAUUUGUACGGAAACUGAAAUUCGUGGAAAAUUGCCGGCUGCCAGAGAAGGGGAAAUCUUGUCCAAAGGCAAAGGAAAAGGCACGUACUUCCAGAGUGAGUGGAAGAGGCAGAGAGAAGGAGGGGGGGGGGGGGGGGGGGACGGAGGCGCAAUGCGGCAGAGAUCUCCUGCCCUGCUGCGGCUGAAGCUGUGGCUGCUCACCGUCUCCGCGUCCCCGGCCUUUCUUGGUGUUCUUGGGGCUGACCUUAGCAAACAACCAUUUACCAUCCGUAUAAGCUGUGGAAGUUUUGACGAUGUCCGCACAGCGCCUACCAAUACAUUGUGGUACAGAGACUUUGGUUAUACCGGGGGCAGGUUUGCAAAUGCCACUCGCCCCAGCUUUAUUAUCCCUCCGCUGAAAACGCUUCGAUAUUUCCCACUAUCUGAUGGCCCUGAAAAUUGUUACAAUAUCAACAACGUUCUCAAUGGGCACUACCAAGUUAGGCUUUUCUUUGCCCUAGUGGCCAAUCCUAAUCUUGACAGCGAGCCAAUUUUCGAUGUUUCUGUUGAGGGUACCCUAUUCAGUUCUUUGCUUCUGGGUUGGAGCAGCGAUGAUGAGAAGACAUUUGCGGAAGCUUUGGUUUUUGUUCAGGAUUCGAGCUUAUCGAUUUGCUUCCAUAGCACAGGUCAUGGUGAUCCAUUGAUUCUUUCUAUUGAAGUUCUUCAAAUAGAUGACAAUGCCUAUAACUUUGGCCCGCCAUUGGGAAAGGGGACAGUGCUUAGAACAGCCAAAAGGUUGACAUGUGGUUCUGGAAAGCCUGCUUUUGAUGAAGAUCUGAAUGGUAUUCGCUGGGGUGGGGACAGAUUCUGGUUAGGAAUGAAAACUUUGUCAUCCAGUUCUGAUGAUCAAUCUAUAUCAACCGAGAAUGUUAUAGCAGAGACAUUGCUCGCACCAAAUUUUUAUCCUCAAAGCAUCUACCAAUCAGCUAUUGUGGGCACCGAUAGGCAACCAAGCUUAUCUUUUGAAAUGGAUGUUACUCCAAACAAGAACUAUUCAGUAUGGCUUCACUUUGCAGAGAUUGAAAAUGGGGUAACUGCAGAAGAGCAAAGAGUAUUUGAUGUACUCCUCAACGGAGACACUGCAUUUAAGGAUGUUGAUAUAAUUCGCAUGACAGGAGAGCGCUUUACUGCGCUUCUUCUGAAUAAAACUAUAGCUGUCAGCGGGACAACACUGAAAAUCAUCUUGCAACCUGUGAAAGGAACCCGUGCCAUUAUUAAUGCGAUUGAGGUGUUCGAGAUAAUCCCAACUGAAAAGAAGACUUUGCCUCAAGAAGUGAGUGCACUGCAGGAUUUGAAGGGUUCACUUGGUCUUCCUCUUCGAUUGGGCUGGAAUGGUGACCCCUGUGUUCCUCUGCAGCAUCCAUGGAGUGGAGUUGAUUGCCAAUUUGACAACGCAAAAGGGAAUUGGGUCAUUGAUGGAUUAGGUCUUGACAACCAAGGUUUGAGAGGGAUUAUACCUGGUGACAUAUCUAAGCUGCAACAUCUGCAAAGCAUAAACUUGAGUGGAAAUAGCAUCAAGGGGAACAUUCCAACCUCUGUGGGCACAAUUUCUGUUCUUCAAGUACUGGAUCUGUCAUACAAUGAACUUAACGGAUCUAUUCCAGAGAGCCUUGGCCAGCUCACAUCGUUACAGACACUGAAUCUGAAUGGCAAUCAUCUGUCGGGAAGGGUUCCAGCUAGUUUGGGAGGAAGGCCUCUGCACAGAGCUAGAUUGAAUUUCACGGACAAUGCUGGAUUAUGUGGAAUUCCUGGGUUACGGGAGUGUAGCCCUCAUUUAUCUGUGGCUGCGAAGAUUGGCAUGGCUUUCGGGGUGCUUUUAGCUUUUCUGUUUCUAGUUGUAUUCGCAGCGUGCUGGUGGAAAAGAAGGCAGAACAUUCUCCGCGCUCAAAAACUAGCUGCAGCAAGGGAAGCUCCUUAUGCUAAAUCCAGGACCCAAUUUACGUGGGACAUGCAAAUGGCGAAGCAUCAGCGCCCGCAUGAAAGCUCUCGAAGCAGCAACAAUGAAAGCUCGCCACAUUUGCUUUCCUAGCUAGGUAACAGCAGCAAUGGUGACUCGGCUCCCAUUCAUUCUUUUCUUCCUUGUAUGCUCGAUCGCAGGUUUGAAAGAUAAAAUUAUACAUACUAGGUCAGUGAUGGUGUAUAUACUCCUUUUCUUUUUACUGCAAAACUCAGUCCAGGAGAAGUAUCAGAGGAGAAAAAUUAUCCAAUUCAUCCUACUUGCUGCUCUGACUACAGCCGUUAAUCUGUCCUUUGUUCAA